AUGGAUUGGUGCGCAGGUGGCGAGGAUCUGCUGGGCGACCCCACGCUGCUGGUGGCUGCAGGUAUGUUGCACGGGCCAACGCAAUUCUGUACAGACACUUGCUGUACGCCAGGACUGGAGCAGCCCAACGAUCACAUCGUUCAGUUCCAACAGCCCGCAAUCGUCACGGUCGGCGGUUCGUACAGGUAAAUAAUGUCAAUCUAUUGUGGAUAGUAAACAUUUCGUAAAUUGAACGAUUUUAGCUAUUAGGUACGUUUUUAGACUUAAGUAUAUUCGUAUAAGUUCUAAAACAAGCGAAGCACGUUUGGGCCACUAUUAAAACUACAACCCGUUAGGACCAAUACUUGUAAAUUUCUAUAAAGGCUCAUUAAAUAAACGUUCAGUUAAAUUAAUAUAGGGUCCAAACGGGCUGUAUAAAAGUAAUAUUUUUCAGCCCAAACGGGUCCUGCACAUCUAAAACGCCUCGCCUCUACUUAAAAAAAUAUACAUUCGGUGUAUUUGGGUGCGUUUAUAAAUUUAAAUACUCGAAGUCGGUAUGCAUCUAUUAUUAAAUAUCAUUAAAAAUUAAAAAUUAUUUAUUAAUACGCGCGGUGUUAAAUUUGAACUUUUUAUAUAGGACCGAGAAAACCAUAUUGAAAUAGUAUUUAGAAAUAAAUGAAAACAAAAUAUCGAAUAACGUUUUUCAGUUAAAUAGUUUAUCGUAUAUUUCUCAUAUAAUUAGGUACAUAAUAUAUAUAUUUAUGAUUAUAUUAUUUUUCCCUUAUACCCAGAAAUAAACAAAAAACAAAAAAAGCACCUAAGGGGUGAACUGCAGAACAUUUAAAUAAAUUUUAAAAUACGAAUCGGAUAAAAUACCUUUCGAAAAAUUCCACAUUUUCAGCAAUCUAACCCUUAAUAUAAGGGUUGAUUUAUGAUUAAUUCGUCAUUAAUUUAUGUUAUAAUAUUGGUCAACUCACAACAGUAAACUUGUAUGUAUUCUAGUAAAUCUUUGAACAAAAUUAUCCUGGUUUAUAAACUGUAAAUAGUUUUGAUUAGUGUAAAUCGAUUACUUGUCUAAUAUUAUUAUGGUUUGAUACAGGCAUACAGAUACGUACAAAUUAAGAUGGGUAAUAGGUACCUAAAUUUUGUACGAAACAUUAUUUUUAUCAUCGAUAUAACUUAGCACAACGUGGCUGGUUGUAGGCAUUUUUACUAUUUGUAAUUUUGUUUUCAUAAAUGCAAUUAGCAUUUUAAUUUAGGUACGUGUGUAAAAUAUUAUCAAUACAAUAAAAUGAAAUAUAAUAUUACUACAGUUGAAAAGAAAUUAUAUGAUUUGGAUAGGAGAUUCCCGAAAACUUAUUUUGAGACAUAAUAUUUGGAAUUUAUCACUAUUGUUAUGAUGGUGAUUAUACGAGUAUUAAAUCACAUUUUACCAAACAGUUCGGUAUUUGAUUGUAUUUUUCUGAACAGUCACUAACGGUAUGUUUAUUCGAACGUGUGGAUAGGUAUUGUAUCCUAGUUGUUAUUCGUAAUGUAUGUACAUAAUAUAUAAUUAUUUUCUACAUAUUUUCUAAAGUAUUUAUUUUAGUUAUUCAUGUAUUUUAGUAGAUAUUUAUUUCAACUACUCUCUAAACAAACAAUAAUUUUUGAAAGCAAUGGCGAUUUAAAAUGAUUUUCAUAAAACUUUUUAUACUUUUAUUAUCGUUUCGGCGAAGUUUUUUUUAUAUUUCAAAGUUUUAAAACGGAAUCGUUUUUUUAAUAUUCUAGUUGAAUAAAAACAAAAGUGUACUGGAUUCAUAUUCGUAUUAUCCGAGAAUCACGUCCGCUAUUUAUUUAUAAUAUUUUAACUUAAAUUAAACUAACAUUUCACACGUCAAUAUUGUGCAAAAUAAUGCAAACAACGAAUACGAAAACAAAUCGGGUAAUGAUCGAUCAAAAAAGGUAAAUAUAAAUAAUAAAUAUGAGAUUUAAAAAAUGUAAAAGAUGCUUUCGGUAAUUGUAAUUGUUGUUUAGAAAACAAAGACAAUAAUUGUAUAAACCAAAGGAAUUUAUAUUGGACAUUAAUUUAAGUUUUAAUUUUAAUUUAUAGAUUUACCGCAGUAAACUUUUAGUUAUUAGUUUAUUAGCUAAAUAUAAUACAAAUAUAUGCAAUAUACGGGCGCCCAGAAGGGGGCAUCUGCCCCCCCUGAACUUCAACAUAUCAAAUAUAAUUUUAUUUCAUGUACUUUUUGAUGUUUGAUUUUAUUAUGCCCCUCCCUGAUAAAUUUCCUGCGGACGCCCAUGAUGAAAUAUAUUAUUAAUACUUCGAUUUGUUUAUUACGUACCUACCUAUUUUGUUAUUGGGUUUUUAUUGGUAAUAGAAAAUAAUUCAUUGUGCCAUUGAAAGGUGCCCUGAAAAAUGUAAUUUUUCAAAUAUUAUUCAAACUAUUUACACUUGAUACUUGCAUUUACUGUAUCAGUCCAACUAACGGGCAAAAUAACAAACUAACGUUACAUUAAUAUUGUGAAAUUGGUAAUUUAACACAAAAAUAAUAACAUUUAAAGAUGAGAAUAAUAACGAUUGCUGAACGUAGCUUUUUUCUAAAAAAUUGCCAUACAAAGUUAUGGCUUUUAAAAAAAAAAAAACAUAACUAACAUAUGAUUGAAACUAUUUGUAGUGUAACGAUUUAUUAGAAAAAAGCUAAAUAAAGCCUUCGAAAAUAUUCUUUUCUUUAAAGUUUGUUAUUUAUGUUUGAACUCCGCAUUUUUAACGCCGCAAUUUAUGCUCUGAGUAAAUAGUCAUUUUAAUAUACGUUGAGCCGAGACAGUAAAUGCGGGUAUUACAUUGUCUUAAAAGUAUUAAGUUCGGUCAUUUUUAAAUAAUCAUCAUAUUUCUAUUGGUAUUUUCCGACACUAUAAUCAUAAAAUAACUUUCUAUGCUCCGAAUCUGCAAAUAUGUGUGUAACUUAAGGUUUUAUGUUCAAUAAUAAUGUAUUCUCAUUAAUUCGAACCUGCAGUAAUAAAUAAAAACUAUCAGUUAAAAAUAGAAAAUCAAAAAUUCUAAUAAAUUGAAGUACCUGCUAUAAUGGAUGGUGACGGUGAAAUGUUUAAAAUGCUAUAAAUAUUCUAUAAUAACUAUAAAUUAAAAUUAUCAGAUAAUUGCUAAUAUUUAUAAUUUAAAAAAAAGAAAACUUCCCGCGUAUUGUGUUUUAACAUAAUAUAUUAUUCACGCUGCUUAUGCGUUGCAAAAAAUAUUAUAAUUAAUCAUCACGCGAGAACGUGUAAAAGUUAAUUUCGAGUUUCUUAUAAUACAUAUAGGUACACAUCAAUAUCAUAAUCAAACUUUAAAUUUAAGAAAGGGGCUAAUAUUACUGAUCGAGGUGCGCCUCUGUUGUGAGUGGAAAGUUGAGAAGGUUGAAUACAUAAAGUUAUUUAAUUUAUAUUUGUAAGCAAUGAUAAAAAAUUACUAACGAAAACGAUUCUAAGCAAACAAGGUCUGAUUAAUGAACUUGCCACCAGUAGGCUGAAGAGGUUGAUUUGGCGAAGACCGUUCCUUAAAAAAAAGUUGUUUUUAUGCGCUUCCACACAUUUAACGGCGGUCUAGGCAGCAGCAGCCUAUUGGUUAAUCAGAUCCUGGUCAUAGUUACGUCAUGUUUUAAAACGUGUUAAUCAACUCAAAAAUCACUCGAAUGUUUUGAAAAUUGUACCACGUUUAGAAAAAGCAAAUAUAAUUUUUUCUGUUAAAAUUUCAACUCUUUACGAAUAUUUUAAACUGAAUUACAAAAAUAAAAUAAAAUUUAAAAUAAUAAAAUUAUUGUUUUCUUAAAUUUACCUGUUUUUUCUACGUUGUUUUCGGUUUUGCUCAAUUAUUAAAAACCAAGGAAAAUUAAAAAACGACUCUUACUCAUUUGCAACUAGAUUAAAAAUUCAACAAAAUACGUUACCUGUCGUUUUUUGAUUGAAGCAAGAUUUCUGGUAGAAACCUUAAUUUUCGUUAUUUAAUAAUAUUACGUGUCCGUUAUUAUUUUACGUUUUUUUUUUUUUUUUUGGUUUUUCCUAAUUAAUAUGAAAACCGCUUGGAAAAUCAAAAAAUGACGUACUUUGUGAGUGACUUGAUCCCAAUGCACUUGAUAAAAUUUCCUUUUAUAAAAGGUCUUACACUUAAUAAAUCAGAGCAAGUUUUCUGUUCAAAAAAUUGCUCUUAGAAGCAAAAAAUUAAAAAACACAUAUCAUAGUAAAACCACUAAAACCAAUAGAUCCUCCUUCGCUACGUUCCGAAAGUCAAACAAAAAACAAUUAUUUAAUUUUAGUGAGACCCAGUUCAACAAUAUUAUAAUAUAAUCAAUAAUAUUUCAACAGUAUUAUAUCCAUAGUAGUGUUGUAUAGUUUCUAUACAACUAAGAAUUUGAUCACAAAAAAAAAUGUAUUAUUUUUAAAUACCAGUACGCGUAUACGUAUAGUACCUAUUUUCGCCAUAAUAUAUACCUAAAGGCAAACCAAUAUUAUAUCAUUUUGAUAUCUAUUAAUAUUUAUUAUCAUAUUGGAUUAUACAUUUUCAGUAAACCGUGUGGAGACAUGGCCGACGUAUUGCUGUCACUUAAACACACCGUGUCAACUCCGCAAUCCUCUUCAGGCGAACAACAACAACAGCACAAUCACACGUACGCGCUGUCGACCAACCAUAACGUAAGGGCACAUUAUUACGGUUCAUAUUAGCGCGUCACCUCCCUCGCGUAAAACGUAAUUGGAUGAAACUUAUAAACUUACGUAUGUCUGUAGUAUGAUACCUCAAUAUCUGAACGUAAAAAUACCUAGGUACCCGCUAAAUUAUAUUCAUUUAUAACUUCAGUCCUAGAAACUAGCUGGUACCUAGAGGGGGAGACAUUUUCUGAGUGAUUUUUUCCUAUAAUAUUAAUACCUGUUUACAUUGAUUAUGUUUAUUUUGGAAAUCGAAUAGACAUAAUUAAUUAAAAUUAUAGGUACUUAAGAAAUUGAAAUUUGUUUAUUGGGCGGUAAUCAUAAUAAUUAAUUAAUUGUACGUCUCACAUUAUGUACCACUGUUUUCUUUCACUUUGCUUUUCAGCUUUCUAGACAAAAAACCAUGCUCUACAGGGCCUCAUAUUUCAUAGACUGGUACGGUUUGGAUAUUUUUUUGGGAAAGUUGAAGGCUUCUUACUGGACUUGGAUUUUGAAAACUAUAUUUUCAAACGCUAUAAUUAGAGUUUGAAUAUAAAUUAUUUUUACUAAUUUAUAGCUAUAAUUUGUAUUAAAGGGCUCAGACCGUAUAUUUUUUAAUAAAUAAAACUAUUUUUUUUGUAGAUUUUGGUUACAUAUUUUUAAAAAUCAGAGAUCAGUUGUCUUUAAAAAAAAAAAAAAAACUAAAUCGGAAGUUUCUGUGAGGCUGCAGUAAAAUUAACUAAAUAAACAAUGUUUUGAUAAAAAAAAAACAGGCCAUGCACGAGCCCUUAAAUACAAAAAAAAAAACCGAUUGAAAGAUUUGUUAAAAAUUGUUUAUUCUUUUUAUUUAUACAUUUUAACAAUUUGUUAUCAGACGUUGAUACAAUUCAAUAAAUAACAAGAGUAAGACUAUUAAAAGAAUACGAUUAGCGCAUGUCUAAUUUUCUGAUUCCAACCUGUUUGCUUCCCCUUUUCUCUAAAAAUUACCAUCCGAAAUCACUUAAAUUUAAGCCUUUAAAAUGUUGCCGUCUGGGGUGAGAGGGUUUGCUCUUCCAUCCAUCACUAUAAAUGCGCCACUGAUUGGAUGAUAAAUAAACCGAGUGCGGUGUAUUAUAGUUGCAUACCUUAUUAUGUUUACAGGACGAUUCCCAACCGUUAGUUGAUUAUGGAGGUUCGUCGUACGGAGAUCAGACGUGCUGGACCACGCUUGGCGGUCACCAGCAGCACCAGGUCCAACAACACCAGUUCCCCAGCAUGAGCGUAAACGUUAGCAUGAACAUGACGAUGCACGGGUAUGCUCCCAUACACGGAGACGCGCAGUUUGGAUGUCAACCGGUAAAAAUUUUUAAUUUCGUAUAAUAUGAUUGUAUGUGCACAACAAUUUUAUAUGUCACACGUACAUUAUAUAGAGCUGGAUUGGUUACAGCGGCAGAAAAAAAUUUCCGGGAGGCUAAGAAUGUAUAAUGACACCAAAACAACAUUUGCAUAUUAAAUAACAACACGGUUAUCAAUCGAAAAAAAAUAAAAGACACAGGGAUAAGGGUAAAGGGGUGUGAGGUGUGCCCAUUUUUGGAAACAUAUUCAUUAAGGGCGAAGUUUCUUCACAGCCACAUGGACUACAUUUGUUUUCAAUCGUCCUGUAGGUACUUUCGAUCUUUUCCCAUUAAUAUUUUCCGAUACUGAAAUUUUUUGUCACCGAAUGGAUCUUAACACUCAAAGUAGGAACCGCCGAAUGUAUGGUACCAUUAUCUCAAAAUUUAAAAACCGAACUACUCUGCCCAACUGCUCACGUGUGUUCUUCAAACAAUUUAUUGGAACGUCCCUCUGAGAUUCACACCCGAAUACAACAGAAAAUACAAAUCGAUCAAUGUAUGCGUUUGUAUUAUUUUUGGUUAAAUUAAAAGUAAAGGUAGGUGCGUUUAAUCGGUUUAAAGAGUGCCGCAUACUACAUCUAAAUAUCAGAACGAAACUGUCACGUCGGAACAGUGACGGAUCCAGAAUUGUAUUUUGGGGGAGGCAAUUAAAAAAAUCAUUACUAAACAUAAAAUAAAAGGCGAUACUGAGGAUGGGUGCAGCCACUGUUUUAAUCGGGAAAUCGGGAUGGAUGGAUACACAAAGUUAUUUAAUUUAUAUAAGUAAGCAAUGAUAAACCAUUGCUAACGAAAAACGAUUUGAAACUAAGUUCGGUUAUGGAUGUUUUGAAAGUCCGUAAUAUUUACGAUUUUUAUUAAAAUUUGAAUUUAAAACUCUUAUAAAAAAAAAAAAAAAACCAUAUUACCUCAAUUUUAUUUUUUUAUCACUAAGUAUAACUUGUAAUAAACUUCCUGUUUAGUUUUUAAGCAUUUCUGUUUAAUCUGAUAAUUUUAUUCACAGAGUACCUAUCGAAUAAAAAUUAUGUAAAAACUCUUAAAAUUAAAAUAGUCUAUAAAUAGCUGAAAAUGGCUUAAAUGUUUUGAAAAAUGUAUUUACGUAAAUUUGUACGUUCUUCCUACAUUUUUUUCGGUUUAACUCAAUAAUCAAAUAACCGUAGAAAAAAAACAUCAAAAAACGACUUUUUUAAUCACUAAUUAGAUUAAAAAUUCAACAAAAAAGUUCUCGUGUUGUUUUUCUAUUUGAGUAAUAUUUUUGGUAGAAAACAAGCCGUACAAAUUUAAAUUAAAGGAAUCCUAACCCCGUAAAUUUAUCAGUUUUUAUUUUUUAUCUUUUUUCGGUUUUUUCCAAUUAUUUUAAAAACUCAUUGGAAAGUCAAAAAUUCCCACUCUAAUGCAACUAGAUGAAAUUUCCUGUCAGAAAAAGGCACUACACUCUGUGCGAGAUUUCUUUUCGAAAUGUUGUUUACGAGCAGCAAAAAAAAAAAAAAAAAGAAAAAAAAAGGAACGGUAGAAAGGUUUUGAUAUAAAAUUGAGUUUUACUGAUUUUUAACUGCAGUACAAAAUAAAUUAGAACCGUCCGUGUAUUUUCAUCUCAAGAGUGAUAAUGGCCGUGAUGAUUACAAUUAUCAUACGAUCGUGUAUAUUAUGUACGAUUGAUUUUUGUUAGGGCAAAAGUAAGCAAGUGCUUAUAUGGUCGUCAUCCGUUCUUCGCUUCUGCUGUAGUUCAUUGAUUAUUAGAAAAACAAAAAAUUAAAAUAUCGGGUGUGGCUUCGAUAACACUUAACGAUCGUUCGAUCAGAAUUCCGUUCCAACGUAGUGUGUGGCAAGCUAAGCACGUUUAAAUUCGUAAUUAUUACUAUUGUGGUAGACUAAGCCGUUUACAGAUAAACUUGCACUACAUUUAAAUUAACUCUCGGUUUCAAUUUUAGUACAAUAAUCAUUUCUAGGGUACUUUUUUUUUUUAUAUAAAGCAAUUACCAUAAUUUGGAGUUCAAAUUAGGGUGCAACGCGCAAUUUAUAUGAACCGUUUCCUUAAAAUCGAGAUUGUUUGAACCUUUCGCAUCUGUCUAUCGUUUUCCGAUCAGUCCACGGAAUCCAUAUAAAAUAUUGGAAAAAGCUGCUCUAUUGACUUGAUGCUGCAGACGGGACAAAUAUCGCUGGAAUUGUUUACACAUCAUUGUAUUAUAUUGUUUUACAGGUCGGAUGGACGACUCUGCCGUCAUCGCCGUCGCCGGUUCACCACCAUCACGGUCCAACACACCAUCACCAAGGAUUGCUGAGUCCGCUGGUGUCCAUGGGCUCCGGUUACCCGCCGGGCGCUACUUAUUCGUUUACGGCCGACUUUCGACCACAAGACUCGUCACCCCUACCGCCACCGCCGUUCGCGUGCAACAUGCAAACGGUACCGUCGGCGCCCGGGGUCGACGAGGAUUGCAACAAAGACCGAAAACUCUGCUCCGAAAUCCUUAUGUCUGCGGGCAGUGUCGGCGGCAACGGAAAUGGCGGUGGGAUGGGCUUGGAGUGUUCUCCCGUUGGAACGGUUUUGACGAUCGGCGGCGAAGACGGCUGCCGGCCAAACUUGUGUGGGAUAUGCGGUAAGACGUACGCACGGCCCAGCACGCUAAAGACUCAUCUUCGCACACAUUCGGGUGAAAAACCGUACCGGUGCGACGACUGCAACAAGUCGUUCAGCCAAGCGGCCAACCUGACGGCGCACGUGCGUACGCACUCCGGCGAAAAACCGUUCCGGUGUCAGAUUUGCGACCGACGAUUUUCGCAGUCGUCGUCCGUCACCACGCACAUGCGCACCCACUCGGGCGAGCGGCCGUACCGGUGUCGAUUGUGCAAAAAGGCGUUCAGUGACUCGUCCACGCUCACAAAACACCUGCGAAUACACUCGGGCGAAAAACCGUACCAGUGUAAACUUUGUCUGCUCCGGUUCUCCCAGUCCGGCAACCUGAACAGACAUAUGCGCGUGCACAGUGGUAUGAACGGUGCCGACAUAUUAUUGCCUGUAUGACGAUGGCGGACCUCAACCGGUCACCAUCAUCCCCACCACCAAUACCAAGUGGUCGACCACACCGGCAACUGUUGUUGGUACGGCGGUGACCACACCAUCAAAUCCGAACCACUCUAAAUGACAAAUAUUAAAUAUAGCGUCGUCACUUCAGACACGAAAUCAUCAACCGAUGAUUUUGCGAUGAAGUUCUGCAUUUUUUGUUGUAAAGCCUUCACCAUGACGACGUCUCGCGCUUGAAGUAGAAACAUAAUAGUAUACAGUAUGGACCACAAUCCAUGAUGUUGAAUCCAGAUACAUGUCAGGAGGCGAUAGCCCACCUUGUAAUUUUGUUCCCCGCCCUGUUAAAUUAAUAAUUAAAUAAUUAAAUUUAACUGGUCUUAAUAAGAGGUCAGUUAAGCAAAAAAAAAAAAAAAUAAAAAAAUAGCUAAUUUUAGUGAUCCCCUCCUCCUUUUUUUUUCAAAAAAAUUGACUGAAUUCAACAUUGACCACAGUGGUAUUGUAUCAUAUUAAUCAGUGGUUAAAGUGGGGAAAACUUCGAAGAGGGACUUAACAAAAAUUGAGGGGCGUUCCCAAAACCAAACCCAACUUUCGGGAAACUCAUAAUGGAGACAAGUUUUCAAAAUAUUUUUAUCUCAUACACAUUGGUUCAUAAAAUUUUUUAUAUUAAUAGGUUUUAAAAUAAACUGUCCUCUCCCAUAAAUUAUUAUCUUACGCAUAUAUGCCCACUCAUUUAAAUUAAAAUAUAACGGACCCUGAUUAGGUACGUCUAGUAUCUUAAUAGGUAAUAAAGAAUUAAUAUUUAAUUUUACUGAUUUGGGGUUCUAAAAUUUCAUUAAAAAUGAGAGAAAUUAACUAAGUAUUUCUCGGACUUUGAAGAUUUAAACUUAACGGAACUGAUAAUUUCACUCUGAUUAAGAAAGGAGAUCCCCCCCCACUUUAACCACGAGUGUUAACUAUUAUAAUAUAAGCACAUACGUGAAAACCCGUGGUCUACAAACAACUCAUAUCGUAUAUUCAUAAUAUAUUAUAAUAUUAUCUCCCGACAAACUCGACGUAAAAAUAUUGUAUUAAUCAUUUAAUAAUCAUUUAAAUAAUCAAAGGUUUUGUAAAAAAAAAAAUACAUAACCGUUCAAAUUUCAAACAAUGUGAAAAUAAAUUUUUAUAAUUAUUAUAAUAAUAUAAUCCUCUCAUUUGCCAUACGCCUGCUUAUGUAUUACCUAUACAGGUAUCCCCGCAUAUAUAUACACACCCCCGCAUCAGAUUUAAUCAUAUUAUGAUAUCGUUAUAUUGUGUACCGCUGUUACACAAUUCCACAUUGUUUCAUGACACUUCACUGUACAACAACAAUAACGCGUUUAGAUUCGAUAAGAUAUGGACCUACUUACAUAGAACUGAUCGACACGCACACACAUUGAUUUCAAAAAUAUUGUUAUAUGUAUACAACUGUAUAGGUAAAUAGUGGUUUUUGAUAUUGCUUUAAAUUGUUUUUUCGUGUACCUACACAUAAAACAUUAUUUUAUAGUAAGAAGUAACCUCCGAGUUGACCGCGUAUGUAUAAGUACCAACGCGGAUUUUUAAAAACUCAUCAUAAUAUAAUUUCGAAUUUAAUAUCGUGCAGAUAGGUAUCACGAAGUUUGUAUACUAUAUAGGUGAUAUUUGGCGAUGUAUUUUUAAGCAAUCUGGUUACAAGUUUAGCGAACGGGCUGUUAUGACAUUUUUUACUGCGACUAUUUAUUUGACAACUGAACGCACUUUUCGACAAUCGGAUUGCCGGAAUUCUCAAACACGUAAAAACUGCGUUUACUGUUUUUAGUUCAUGGUUAUCUAUUGAUAAAAUUGUAUAAUACUCUACAACAAACAAAACGUUUUGGGUAUAUUAUAUUGAAAUAACAAGCCACAACAAAAUUAAGCGUCUAAACACGCCUUAUAUUAUUGCAAAUAGAUUUCUAGACAAUUUAUAAGAUUACAUAAAUGCAUGCUAUAGGUAUUAAAACAAUAGAUUAUUGUUUGGUAUUUAUCAAUAAUUAAACAAGUACACUUAAAAAAACGAAAUAUUUUUGUAGAAAUUAUACAUUUAUACCUUUUUCAAUAUAAACGUUAAAUUAUCUACACAAUUGUAAAUUCAUACACUUUUUUAAAAUUUCGGGAUGGGGUCGAACCCCUUAAACCCCCAUCCUGUGUGCGCACCUGUAUAAAAUUAUUAUUGUUCUCAUUUUAUAAUCGACUUAUUAUUAUUGUAUAUACGUUUAGACUCGACUGCAGCUGCAGACUAUAAUAUUAUUAUAAGAUUUUCUUUUUUAUUCGCUUAUCUAGAAAAGAUUUUUACAGCACAAUAUUAAUAAUAUGAGUGAACUGUUAACACUUAUAAAAAUAUGCACUGUUAAAAAUAGAUAACUAUUUCAUAUAAACAUAUUAUUUAAAAAAACAGUUUUAAGACUAUUUAAAAUAUUCAUGAUGAGCGUAUGAUUUUAAAUCUUAAUUUAGCGUAGUUCUUUUCUACUUGAAUAAAACAGAUAUUAUCAUUUUCUGACGAAUACCUACCUAUAGUUUAUAGGAUCAAUAAGGCCGGAUUAAAGGACCUGUGGUUUACGGGGCCGAACUUCAAAUAGGCACUUUUUACUGAAAAUAUGAAAAUGGUCUGGGUACACUACGAAAUUUGCUAACGCCCAAUGAACAUUUUAUUUUAUAUAAAUAAAUAAACAAUGACACAACGAGCAACUUUUUGUAUCCGUUGGUUCAGUUAGGUAACGUGUACCCCUUAAUUCGGGCUGGAACCUAGAAACAAAUUUGAAGGUAUUGAUAAGAAAAAAUUUAGAAAACUGCAAUUAAUUUUAUUGCGUUUGAAUGUAAAUCGGAAUUAAUAUAUUUUCAUGUAUAUUACACAAUAAAUAUAACCUAUACUUAAUAAUUAUUUUAAAAUUUAAAAUUAUAAAUGUUUUAUUAUUUUCGCUUAAUGUCUGUAAUGUUUUUGUCGACGCAAAUUGAUUAUGUGUAUAGACAUUGUAAAAUUGUAAAACGAUAACGAAUCAUAUUCGUAAUUUUAAUUUAAAUGUAAUAUUAUUAUAAGUUAUAACAGUUUUUGUUUAUUAUAUAAGUUAUAUACCUAGUAUA